GGGGAAGAACAGACGAAGGCAGAGAUACCAAGAUGUGGAAAUCAUGAAGCACUUGUGACAGAUUCAAGUUUUUCAAUUUCUCUCUACUAAAGAAUCCAAGGGGGUAUCGAAUUUUCUUUUGAGUUUAUCCGAUUCACAAAUCGAAAUGGAUUUGUUCAGGAAGGUAAUAACACAACCCGGAAAACCAGAAGAUUUUGCUCUUCAAACAGUUCAAGAAGCUAUCAAACCCCAGAGGCAAACAAAAUUAGUCCAGGAUGAGAACCAGUUGUUGGAAAACAUUUUAAGAACGCUACUUCAGGAGCUGGUGUCAGCUGCAGUUCAAUCAGGGGAAAAUACCAUGAGGUAUGGGGAGUUGAUUGGCGAUGGUGAAAGCACACAAGGGCAAAUACCUCGUCUUCUUGACAUUGUGCUAUAUCUUUGUGAAAAUGAACACAUUGAAGGGGGCAUGAUAUUCCAACUUUUGGAAGAUUUGACAGAGAUGUCUACAAUGAGAAACUGUGAAGACGUCUUUGGUUAUAUAGAAAGUAAGCAAGACAUCUUGGGGAAGCCAGAGCUGUUUGCAAGGGGAAAGCUUGUGAUGUUAAGGACUUGUAAUCAACUUCUUCGUCGUCUGUCAAAGGCAAAUGAUGUGGUGUUUUGUGGACGUAUCAUAAUGUUCCUUGCUCAUUUUUUCCCAUUGUCUGAACGUUCGGCUGUAAACAUUAAGGGAGUUUUCAAUGUUUCAAAUGAGACAAAAUAUGAGAAGCAAGCACCGGAUGGAAUUUCUAUUGACUUCAACUUCUACAAAACCUUUUGGAGUUUACAGGAGUACUUUAGCAACCCUGCUUCCAUUAGUCUUGCUACGACCAAGUGGCAUAAGUUCUCUUCCUGUUUGACGGUAGUCCUGAAUACAUUCGAAGCUCAACCUUUAAGUGAUGAAGAGGGUAGUGCUGACAAUCUUGAGGAUGAAGCAGCAACCUUCAGCAUAAAAUAUCUUACAAGCAGUAAAUUAAUGGGUCUGGAGUUAAAGGAUCCAAGUUUUCGACGCCAUAUUCUUGUUCAGUGCCUUAUUAUGUUUGAUUAUCUUAAGGCUCCAGGGAAAAAUGACAAAGAUUUGCCGUCUGAAACAAUGAAGGAAGAGAUAAAAUCUUGUGAAGAACGAGUAAAGCAACUUCUUGUUAUGACUCCACCCAAAGGAGAAAAAUUUCUUCACAGCAUUGAGCAUAUAUUAGAACGAGAAAGGAAUUGGGUAUGGUGGAAACGUGAUGGUUGCGCUCCAUUCGAGAAACAGCCCACGGAGAAGAAAACCGUCCGAGAUGGAGGAAAAAAACGUCGUCCACGAUGGAGACUGGGGAAUAAAGAACUGUCUCAAUUAUGGAAAUGGGCAGAUCAAAAUCCGAAUGCUCUAACUGAUUCUCAACGUGUACGCACACCUGCUGUCACAGAAUACUGGAAACCCUUAGCCGAAGACAUGGAUGCAUCUGCUGGAAUUGAAGCAGAAUACCACCACAAAAACAACCGGGUUUACUGCUGGAAAGGUCUGCGGUUUUCAGCAAGACAGGAUUUGGAGGGGUUUUCUCGAUUCACUGAAUUUGGCGUCGAAGGGGUUGUGCCCAUGGAACUUAUGCCACCUGAUGUCCGAUCAAAAUAUCAAGCUAAACCAAGCGACAGGUCAAAACGCGCUAAAAAGGAAGAAACAAAAAUCACUGCAAAUCAGGCAGAAGAGAAUCAGAUUGCAACACCAGCAAGUGAGGUUGAUGGUGAAGUGAAUAGACCAGAUCUUGAAGCAUCAACAGCACCAAUGGACACCGAUGCUGCAAAUGUUUCAUUAGGUGGAACUCCGACUCCCGAAGAGCAACAGAAACAAACCCCUGACACAGAUGGUGGUCAGGAGCCUGGUCAAAUCGAUGAACCCGAGCCAGACCAAGAACCAGAACCAGGAAUGAUCGAAGGCGAAACCGAUGCUGAAGUUGAUACAAUUGUAGUGGGCUGAGAAAAAACAGCUUCUAUCUUGUGUGAAACCUGUGUAAUAUUAUGAAUCCCCCCCUCCCCUCUUUGCAUGUAGCAUCAUUGCAGGGAUGAACAAGAUAACAAGAUGGGGAUAUGAUGUAUCAUAUCCAAUUGCUACAUCUUUUUGGGGGUUUACCAGAUUUUUAAGUUAAAAGGACGUAAUUACCCUUGCAGUGUUGUCUUUUUGAGCUUGCUUUUGAU